CCCUGCGCAAAGAAGAAGAAAAAAAAGAUUGCGAUAAGGCGGGGAUCGUUGUCGGUCGAGGCCAUCUAUUAAUGGACUCCUGCUCCCGUCCAACGCAGCGUUGUCGAAGAAGAAGAAGCAGCAGCAGCAUAUAAAGGCCCACUUCACCGGCUCGACAGUUCGUUCCUGUUCCUGACGGCUCCCACUACCCCAAGACGCACCGCACCCUCCCCUCAUUUUCACUCGCAAGAAGCAAGAAAGAAUGACGGCCUCGUUGCUCGCCCUCGAACCGCUGCCUGCGCCGCUGCCCGGCGUCAAGCGGGCGCUGGACCCCGCCUUUGGCCGCGUCGUCACGGGCGUCGAUGCUGCCCAGCUGACCGAGGCCGACGUCGAGGCGAUCAAGGCCGCCCUCUUCCAGCACUCUGUCCUCGUGUUUCCCAACGCCAACGUCACGCCCGAGGCGCAGCUCGCGCUCACCAAGGCCUUUGAUCCCGCCUCGGACAGCUACGGCCACGGCAACAAGGGCCGGCAGAGCAAGUCGAUUCUCCACCCGGACCUCAAGACGAUCCCGCGGCUGCCCCAGGUGCAAGUGAUUGGCAACGGGCCCGUGGCGUCGCACGAGGGCCUCGUCGACGUCCAGCUCAAGCACCCGCACCACGCCACCUUCCACUCAACAAAGGUGCCCGACGCCGAGGACAAGGACGUGACGCGCUUCUACCGCUGGCACAUUGACGCCGCCCUCUACGACCUGGCGCCGCCGCGCGUGACGACGCUGCAGGCCGUGCAGGUGCCCAAGGGCAGGACCCAGACGCUGCGCUACGACGACGGCUCCCACGACGAGCUGCAGGUGCCGCUCGGCACCACCGCCUUUGUCUCGGGCAGGACCAUGUUUGACCGCCUCUCGCCCGCCGAAAAGUCACUGGCAGUCCGCACCAAGAUCGUCUACUCGCCCCACCCCUACGUCUGGAUGAGCAGCGCGCGGUCCAACUCCGUCGGCCUCGGCCUCGAGAGCGAGGGCAAGGAGCUCGCAGCCGACGAGCUGCCCGCAUUCGAGGAGUCCAAGAUCAAGACGUACCCCAUGCUCUGGAAGUGCGAGGCGACGGGCGCGCUGCACCUGCAGGUGCACCCCUCGGCGAUCAAGGAGCUCCUCAUCGACGCCAUCCCCGCCGAAGAAAAGCGGACGGCAGACAGCCUCUACCCCGAGGGCGCGCACAUUACCGAUCUCAAAGAGGUGCGCCGGAUCGUCUACGAGCUGCAGCGGCCCGCGGUUGCGCCCGAGCUCGUCUAUGCGCACGACUGGAAGGAGGGCGACCUCUGCCUUUUCCACAACCAGGGCGUCCUCCACUCCGUCGUGGGCGCAUUCAAGCCCGACGAGGUCCGCAUCUUCCACCAGUGCAACCUGGCCGCCUCGACAGACCCCGUGGGCCCAGACGCAGCCGACGUUGCCAAGUGGAUCUAGGACUUGUCUCACUCUCUUCUCUCUUUCUUGUACCAUCACUGCAUCGUAGCAUACAGGCGCCUUUUCUCUAUCCGUCUCCACCUCACCGAAUAUAGAUCAUGCCAAAAGGAGAAAAAGACUGCGAAAUGACAAUGUGUAUAUUUCUAGUUUCGCCC